AAACCUGAGCCUGAACCAAGUGACUCUGCCUCCCUGCCUUGCCAAUGGUUUCCCUCUCAUAUUCUCACCAGCGAGCCCCACUGGUUUUAAAUGAUCUCCAUUUAACAGGUGGAGAUCGCUCUCUGGGUGAUGGGGGAGGGGUGAGGCAGGCUUUGGUUUGGGCCAUCUGCUUCAGGCCACAUAUGAACGGUAAGUACGCCGUGAGGGCCUCGUACACACCCACGGGAAUAUGGAACCUGCUCCAUUCACGUCUGCAAAGAAGGAAUCAUGCUGACGUCUAGAGGAUUUGGACACUGAGGAGACAAGCCUGGAGUUGGACUUAGAAAACUCCUUGAAGACAGAAGGAGCUUUGCCGUAUCAUCCAGAAGCUAAAAGAAGACUAGAAUUGUCACAUGAAAACAGGAACGUGCUGUUUAGCAAGGCAACACAGCUCCAGAGACAGCCAUGAGCGUAACACUACCUCAUUUGGGUCCAGGGAAUUAGGAAUCAAUAGUCAGGUGCAGGCAGGCUCAGGAAUCAACAGAAUGCUUCGGAAAUGGGUCCCCAGAGGGUGACUGGUCAGUAGACUUUCAGGCUGGGUUUCCUUUAAGUGCACCACCCAGGCAUUUGCCUGAUAACUUGAAGCAACCCAAGACCUAGCCCUCAGUAUAUAUUGUUGGUUACCACUCUUUUCCAUCUCUCUCUCUGUGCUGGAGGCUGUGGAGCAUCCCCAGGAUCUCUUAGCUAUAUCAAUAACCUCACUUUGAGUAAAUCACUGCCCUUCUGGGCUGAGGAGCCAACGACUGAAGAGACAAAAGCAUUUGGUUCAAAGCCAGAGAACCUUCUAAUAGCCUGACUUUCAACAAGGACCCAAUUGCUCUUUUCUGUGCCUCACCUCAAUUAAAAAAAAAAAAAAAGACUAUGAAGCCAGGCGGUGGUGGCGCACGCCUUUAAUCCCAGAGGCAGGCGGAUCUCUGUGAGUUCGAGGCCAGGCUGGACCGACAGACAAUACAGAGAAACCCUGUCUCGAAAAAUCAAAAAAAAAAAAAAAGACUAUGAAUUCAAUCCAUGGAUGACAGUUAUUGAUAAUCACUACAAAGUAAGGCUGGACUGGUAGCCUGAUCUGCCUUAAGGAGUAUUCAUCUAGGUUCAUUUCUACAGAAACCACAGCUAGGACCGAUACUGACCUCAGAACGCCCAUCAACUCACCACAAAGUGGGACAUUGAAAAUAGUUGAAGAAUUUGGGAAGAUGAACCCUGAAGAGUCUUCCAAAUCACAACCGUGCAGUACACAUGAGCGCUCUGGAGUUUACUUUGCCACUGGAUUUCAGGAAGCGGAGAAGGUGGCUCUGAACAAUCGUAGCCCCAAGGUGCUGGAGGCUCUGCAAAAGCUGGACAUCCAGGUUGACCAGGCUCCAGUCAUUGCUGUCCUGGGCUCUGGUGGGGGACUGCGGGCCCACAUCGCAUAUCUUGGGGUACUGAGUGAGAUGAAAGAACUUGGCCUGUUGGAUGCUGUCACAUACCUGGCAGGGGUCUCCGGGUCCACUUGGGCAUUGUCUUCGUUCUACAUUAACAAUGGAAAUACGGAAGGGAUGGAAGAGGAGCUAAAACAACGAUAUGACAACAGUUGGCAAGUUGGAGAGAGCCUGAAGAAAGCCAUCCAGGCAGCAAGGAGGGAGAAUUACUCCAUGACUGACUUUUGGGCCUAUUUUGUUGUUUCCAGGCAAAUGAGAGACCUGGAGAACUCUAAUUUGUCCAGCAUAAAGAAGCCUGUGGAAGAAGGAAUGCUGCCCUAUCCAAUCUUUGCAGCCAUUGAUGGUGACCUACAGCCUGACUGGAGGAAGAGAAAAACUCAGAAGUCCUGGUUUGAGUUCACCCCUCACCAUGCUGGCUACCCUGCACUUGGAGCUUAUGUCCCUAUCACAGAGUUUGGAAGCAGAUUUGAGGAUGGAAAGCUGGUUAAAUCUGAGCCUGAGAGAGACUUGACUUACCUGAGAGGGUUAUGGGGAAGUGCUCUAGCUGAUACUGACGUCAUUAAGAAAUUUAUUUGUGACAUGUUAGUAGACCUGAGAGCAAAACUGAAGCAGGGACAUCUGAGAGCAGCUGGAGCGGAGAUACACAUGGAAGCGCCCGAGAUGCCGGUGACUGAGGCGCUCUUGGAUUUAAUGAUGGCUUAUGUCACAGAUCAGAAUGACCCCAGCAUCAAGGAUAAGCUCCAGGCCCUGCAGCAGGUUCUGAGUGCAGAGAGAGAUGAGUUUGGUGAACAGAAGUACACCUGGCUGACUGAGAUAGUUCAGAACUGGAAUGAGAUCUCUCCCAAGGAGAAGGAGCAGUUUCUGGAAUAUCUGCUGUACUGCUUCAUGAGGACAGAAGAGUUUCACAAGGGCUCCAUGUACAGCUCAAUGAACUUGAUCAGGGGUUUACUCCAGGACACUUUUAAUUUUCUGAGUAAAACUGGAAUCUGUUGUUGGAGGUGGGAGUGGGGAACUGUCUACAACUUCCUCUAUAAAAAUGGUAACAUCACAGAUGAGGCCAUGCAGAGCCGGGAGUUUCUGCAUCUGGUGGAUGCUGGUUUGGCCAUCAACACUCCCUACCCACUUGUUCUGCCUCCGGCUCGUGAAGCUCACCUCAUCCUCUCGUUUGACUUCAGUGCUGGGGACCCACUAGAGACCAUCAGGGCCACAGCAGACUACUGCCAACGCCAUGCAAUCCCCUUCCCUGACGUGAGAGAGGAUCAGCUGAAGGAAUGGGCCAGAGCCCCGGCGAGCUGCUACAUCCUCAGAGGGGAAACUGGACCUGUUGUCAUGCACUUUACUCUGUUCAACAAAGACACCUGUGGAGAUGACAUCGAGACAUGGAGAAAAAAGUAUGAGACAAUGAAACUAUCUGACUUCUACACACCAGACCUGGUGACAGAUUUGCUGAGGGUGUCUAAGGAGAAUGUUCAGAUAAACAAAGAUAGUAUCCUCAACGAGAUUCGGAAAGUGGCUGGGAAAACUGGCAGCUUCCUAGGGAUAAAUAAGGACUGCUGGAGAGACACAGUGCAGGAUGUCCAAAGUCCUCGGACUGUGGAGAUCAAGAUAUCCAACAACACGGAUAUAACAUUCAAGGAGCCCUUACACUACUUGCAGAGUGGGCAUGUGCUAGUGGACCCACCGCCUGAGCUGUCUCCAAAGUCCACCAUCAGCUGUUCCUUUGUGAAGAAGAGCUCCAGCUUCCAGGGCACUGUGGGCAUACUGGUCUACCAGGGCCCAAGUGCCCACGUGGCCUUGCUGUUCUCUGUCCCCUUCAACUAUGCCCUUCACAGAACUGAGUUUGCCUUAGCCAUCAUAACUGAGCCAGUCUCCAGAAACCUGGAGAGUGUCUUUGAUGACAUCACCCAGGGAAAUGGGUCUCCAGAGCUAAAGGCAGCAAAGUAUGAUCUUCAGAUCCCUCAGGGGACCCUGAAGCUGGAACACGACUCCUUGAUCAUCAGAGCCACGGUGUCCAACAUUCAUGUGGCUAAAAUGGAUGUAGUGCUUGAGACCAAAGCUCCUUAGAAGUUUCUCUUGUUCAUCCAGAGCUGCUCAUUUUACACUUCCAGUCAGAUUUCUUGGCUCUUUAAAAGGAAAGACCUCAGCUGAAAUCAUGGCCCAUCUCUGCAGAGCCAGGCAACUCUGAGAAGACAAAUAUUCUGUAAAUGCGUGCUGCUUGACUAACUGAUUGAUGAAGCAUUUCUUAGUCCCUCAGCACCCUGCAUUUUGUGGCACCCUUGAUGUAUCCCUUAUUCUUCAUUCCCUGCCAUGCUGUUGUAUCUUUCCUUCCGUACUUUUCUCCCUGAACAUCUUCCCUUCAAUCUGCUUUAGAUACGUGUCUUCCUUGGCUGUCUUAUCUGCUGCCUCAGCCCCCCUUUCUGCUUGCCCACUUCCUCUCCUUUCUACCCCUUCUGCGUGAAAGUCAGUGGUCAAGCUUGAUGGCUCUGCAUCGGAUUUGGGUCUUGGUCCCACAAUUUGCUCACUGUAAGUACACAGGCAAGUCCUCUCACAUGUGAGCCUCACUUUCAUCAUCUGUGGAGGAGAUAAUCCGGUUUGUGUCCUGGCAGGCUCAUGAAUGAAGUCCUAAGACCUUAGACCAGCUCUGGUAAAAAGGCAAAAUUUUCAAGAGGCAUUACUUAUUAUCUUUUCUCCCAGCCAAUUUGUUUCUUUUGGUUAAACAUUGUUAUUUGUAGACGGAAUACACGAUGAUUGGGUUCAUCGUGGUUUUUUAUAGUCAUAGAUAAUUGUUAAUAUUUGUUUUACAUUACCUCCAUUUGACCCUACUUCCUUCUCAUGUGGGUCUUCUUCCUCCAAAUAACCCCCUCCUACUCUUGUGUUAUAUGUGCAUAAAUAUGCAUUUUAGCCUAAAUUCUGUAUAUAAAAGAAGACAUGCAGUCUUUGUCUUUUUUCUCUGCUAAUUUCCCUCUUGUCCUUCAUCUUUUUGGACUCCUUUCCUUCCACCAAAUUGUCCCCCUUCCACUUUUAUAACAUAUGUAAUACAUCUAGAUAGAUGAUAAAGAUAAAUAGGCCAAUAGGUGAUAGAUAGAUGGUAGAUAUGAGGUAUAUAGGUAAGAUAGUUAAUUAGCACAUAGAUACAAAGUAGAUAGCUAAGAUAGAUAAGUAGAUGACAGAAGAAAGAUAGGUAGAUAACUAGAUAGCCAUUACACUUAGAAAGGAAAACAUGAUAGUUGUCUUUUUGAGGCUGGGUUAUUUUGCUUAACAUGAUGGGCUCCAGGGCUGUCUAUUUUCCCACAAACAAUCCAACUUCUCUCUUCUUGGUGGCUCAAUAAACAUUAAAGACUGCUA